CAGAAUCAGAUUUUCAACAAGUGAUGAAAUCUACAUUUUUACCGUCAGUGCAUCAUUUAUUUCCUUCCAAAGUCAAGACCUAGUCGUGUGCAUUGCGUGCAGAAUGUUUGCACAUCAAUCAAGCAAAGGACGUGAGACACUCCAAUGCCAGCUGAUCAAAAGCACAGUCUCCAAUAAGGCGCUCUCCGCCUCCACCACGAUGGAGGACAUCCUCUCAAUAACGGACAACGCCCAUAAGACCGACACCAAGGGAGAUGACUAUUGCACCACCAGACUACCAACCACCAAGUUAGAAUCUGAUGCUACAGCAAUAUGGGCAACGCAUCAGCAGGAUGGGUACCAGUCCAACCCUAAUCCAAGCGGGAGGGAGUUUUGUGGCCAUACAACUUGUGGAGAAAGAUGCCUCUUCCAAGUGUAUAAGACGUUGCCGAGACGACUUGAAGUGUCUGACGAGAACGAUUUCCUCGCUGAAGGCAAACAGAGAUUGGGCGAUUACCCACUGAGCAACCAUCAGCGAGAGUUUGAGUGGGAAACUCAGAUGAUGAACUCACCAGCUGAGAUGCAAGAGGGACAACUCGAUGAGCGAGAAGGUCUUCCCAAUGAUGAUGUACUUGAUGAAAUAGAUUUCAGUUUGAGGCAACGGGUUGAUAGAGAGAUAGAGGCAUUCCGAGCUAGUCUACACAAUAUGCUUGAAGAGCAACAUCAACAAUAUCGACAAAUACUCACACCGGAAAAUACACUAGUCAGGGACCAGAUAGGAAUGGAUAACAGCCAAUUAAAGGACCAGGAAGUGUUUUUUGAAACGUCUUCGAGCAAAGAUGUGAACUUUGCCUGGUCACCAAUGAAUGGAUCAGAUCAGCCCCAAAUUGAGGAAUCUUCCAGCUCGAGUUACAGCAUGCAGGAUGAAGAAGCUUCUCAAAUCUAUCAACCAAACAAAAGUGGUGAUGAUGACAUCGAUGGUGUCCUGAUUCAACUGAUGACCUCAGCAAGUAUAAUUAGCCAUGCUCUCCGCAGACGGGAAUAUGCCUCAUGACCCCAGUGUCAAAGGUCAAUUUCUUUCAUUUGACCUUUGUCCCAUAGAGAAACUGGGGGCGGGUUGAUUGCACUCAUUGAUUCACCACCUGUUGCAGUGACCUUCGAACCUUCUUUCCAGGAAAACUACAUUGCGGUUGGUUGAUAUGGUCCGAGAUAACUUCAUGGGUUUAUUCACUUGAAUCUGUGCUGAGGCUCUUGUAUCUGUAGACAGUUGAUAAGAGUAGUUGGUACGCUUGGCCCCCAUGCAGAGUGGGGUAGGUCUGUGCUGAGAUUCAGUCUCACAUGGUGCAACUGAAUCCAUUCAUGACUUCGGUUGGAAAAUGAUCGGUUUGGGCUGAAGAAUAUUUUUUGUUCUCCACUGUUUGUUCCUUUUUUUGUUUGUUUCAACAAAAAUUUGAGUAAAUUUGAACAAAUAGAUUUGUUAUGAAACCAUCAUUUUGAGGAUGCAAUUAUCACUUAGAGCCAUUGGACACUUUCGGUAAACAGUACUGUCCAAGGCCCACAC